GUAGAUUCUAAAAAUCAGAUUCCACAGUACAUUCAUUACAUUACACUCCGUACUUGUUGCCUCGAAUAAUGAAUGCAGUCUAUCUUAACCUCAUCCUCAUCAUAUCUUAGAGAGCGGUGACAAUCUUUUGAUAUUUACAUCAACAACCAGACAGCCAGACGAAACCACAUCACAAACAUCAUCCACCCUUCCAAACCCAAAAUCGAGGUGGCUGAACAGAGCCGAAACUUCAAUCCUCAAACUCUAGACCAGAACAUUUUUCUCAAGAGUAUUACACUAGGAUUUUGGGCUUUUCCCUAAAAAACUAGCUUGAGCACUUCUUUCUACAACAUUUAUUAACAAUAAUACACGACAGACCCGAACAACUUAAUAUCAAACUCCGAAGCAUAACCUCUUCUCUACCACAAUUGAAAUCCUUCAAAUCAUAACCCCAUCGUCAAAAUCGCAUAAUCAAUUAUUUACAGUAUACAUGCCUGGAAUCAUCAUGGCGGAAGUCCAGCAACCGUCUCUACAACAAAGCCAACCACGAGCAAUCCCUGGACAGGACGCUGCUUUGCAGAUAUCACCCCCAGCUUCCACAAAAUUACCGCAAUCUGCCUCUACAAAUCGCAUUCGAAAUUCGCAUCUCGCUUUAGAUACCUUUUCUCCCGUAAACCAGAAUGGAAGCUUCGAGUUUGAUCGUGUAUUAAAGAGUGGUUGUUUGCAGAAACGAACGAGGAAAACAAAGGCAUGGAAACCCGUCUUUCUCGUCCUGAGACCAAAUUAUCUCUCCAUCUACAAAGAUCAAAAUGAAGAUAAACUUCGUCAUAAGAUUCACCUCUCCGAUCUCACAGCCGUCGCCUUUCUCAAAGAUCCCAAACAAAAACGGCGCAAUGUCUUCGGUCUCUUCACUCCCGCUCGCAACUAUCAUCUGGAAGCCACCACCAAAAACGACGCCGAACAAUGGGUCGAUCUCAUCCGCAAAGAAGCACGAAUCGACGAAGAAGAAGAGGAAGAAAUGUUACUCGCCAGUCCCUCCGGCAACGUAAAUAGUACCUAUCCGGGCUUCGAUCAAAGCAUGGCGCACGAACAACUGCAGCGAAAAACCGAAGCUCAAAUCCUGCACGACGAAAGACUAGGGAGCAGUUCCCCGGAACCCACAGAACCCAUCAUCCCCCGCGCGAAUAAGAAACAAAACAUGUCAGCCAUAGGAGGAGGAAGACGUCCUUCCAACACCAUUGAAUAUUCCGGCAACGAACUCGUCUCCGACGCCGAGUUCUCGGAUACAGAUCUUGCGCGUGUCCCCGGCAUGUCGACGCUUUCUCUCAGUCUGCACAAUCCUCCUCCGAACCCAAAUCCCAAUCCUAAUCCCGAUCUCGAAGUCAAACCUCCCGCGACCACUCUCCCUCUCGGUCGCAAUACAUCACAAUUAUCCCUCUCGCACCCGAAUCCCCUCCCCGAACACGAUCCCGAACGUGUAGUAUACCAAGGAUAUCUUCUCUAUCUGCGCUCGAAAAAUGGAAUUCGCUCUUGGAAAAAUCUCUGGGUUGUGCUUCGUCCCCGCUCCUUAUCGUUCUAUAAAAAUGACUCGGAAUACUCGCCCGUCAUGAUUUUACCCAUGGAAAAUGUAAUUAAUGUGGUGGAGAUUGAUCCGUUGAGUAGGACGAAACGAUAUUGUUUUCAAGUGAUUGGGGAGGAGAAGAGUUUUAAAUUCUGUGCAGGAAGUGAAGGAGCGUUGGUUAAUGUGUUGGGAGCGUGUAAGAGUUUAUUGGCGAGGAGGAAGGGAGGCGUGGGGGCUUGAGUUUGGGGUGAGAGAUCUUUUUUCUAUUGUACGGGAUGAAGAUGCAAUGGAAGAGACCAGAUGAUAUGGGAAGAUAAGAAAGAGAAUUCCUAAUAUCCAGCGUUGGGAAUUGUACAUAAGCUGGUAGAUUUGAGCGAGCGGGAAUAGGAGGGGGAGUAUGGAUACAGGCAAUAGAUGCAGAAGAAGAAAUAGUGUGGUUGGUAUCUGAUCAAGGCGUUGGGAGCGGGAGCGGGAAUAGGAGCGGGACUGGGAUGAAAGUAUAGAAAAUCCCGGACUGAUAUAAUCACGACACGAAACGAAACUUAUGAUGAGAUGUAAAUAUUACUCGGAAUUAUUAUGCAUAUUUUAUUUUGUGGUUUUGUUUGUGUUUGUGGAUGUGUAUGGAGGUAUGUGUAUACUUGUUUACGCAUUGAUUGUCUUAC